AUGACGGCAUGGCAGAAGCUCAACUACGAUAUCUGUGCCCUGAGGCAGACUCGAAGGGAAGUGAGAAACAGAUGGAAAUGCGUUUUGGAAGAGUUAGGUUUCCAAAGGGAAGUCGAUUCCUUGCUGUCAGUAACUAAACUCAGCACCAUCAGUGAUUCUAAGAACACCAGGAAAGCUCGGGAAAUGUUGUUGAAACUGGCCGAAGAGACCAGCAUUUUCCCGGCAAGCUGGGAGCUCUCAGAGAGAUACCUCAUCGUGGUGGAUCGUCUCAUCACUCUGGACGCUGCAGAGGAGUUCUUUAGAAUGGCCAGUCGAACUUAUCCCAAGAAAUACGGAGUCCCCGGCCUGGCAGAUGGCCAGAAGGAACUGCCCUGCCUUCCAGUCCCCAGUCCCUAAAGGAAAGGCCCGGAGACAGAAUUGGAAGUCUUUCACCGGGACUCAGCCACCAACCCCAGCUGGACGAUUGCAUGGAGAAGACAGCGAGCAAGUAGAAGACGUGCUGAGUGAAAGAUGAAGGAUUCUGCCUCCUGCAGAAACCUAAGGGUCCGACUAUCUGGUCUUCAUGGGACCUUACUCUAGGAACUGUUCAGAUUGUGUUGAAACCCCCCGGUGAUCUUGUACCUUGAAAGAGCGUUAAAAGUGGUGGUCAAUGGGAAA